UGCGCUUCCUCUGACAUUGUCCCAAGCUGAGGAAGAACAUUUCAUCGUUAUACUCAGUGAUACCGAGCCGUCACCUCCAUUCAUUCAUGCCUUCAUGUUUUGACGAUUGUAAACUGGUUUUUGGGACAAUAGCUUCUCACUUCAAACUUGUUCUGAACAUAACACUUGUGGAAGAUAUUGAUGAUUCAGUUUGUUUAAAUAGGGGGACACUGGCAUGGAAUGCUCUUUAUGACUCGCUCUUGGAACGUUGCUGUUGAUUCUUGAUUGUUUUCUAUCUCAACUUUACGUCUGAAGUGUCUUUUGAGCAAGGUGAUGGGUCUGGAAAAGAAUCCUCUUGUGUUUUUCGAUGUCUCAAUUGAUGGGGACCCUGUGGAAAGAAUUGUUAUUCAGCUUUUUGCCAGUAUAGUUCCUAGGACAGCAGAGAAUUUUCGGGCACUCUGUACAGGUGAGAAGGGCAUUGGAGAAUUGACGGGGAAACCUUUGCAUUAUAAAGGAACAAGCUUUCAUCGUAUAAUUAGAGGUUUUAUGGCUCAAGGUGGUGAUUUUUCAAGGGGUAAUGGCACAGGUGGAGAAAGUAUAUAUGGAGGGAAAUUUGUAGAUGAAAAUUUCAAACUAACACAUGAUGGACCUGGUGUUCUUUCUAUGGCUAAUAGUGGUCCUAACACAAAUGGAUCUCAGUUCUUUAUUACAUUCAAGCGCCAACCUCAUCUUGACGGGAAACAUGUUGUUUUUGGAAAAGUUGUCAACGGAAUGGACAUUUUGAAGAAAAUUGAACCAGUGGGAACAUCUGAUGGGAAACCUACCCAACCAGUUAAAAUUAUUGAUUGUGGUGAAGUCUCUGAAACAAAAAUUCAGCAUACUGCCGACAAGGAGAAAGGGAAAAGGAGAAAAUCAGGAAAAUCCCUAUCUUCUGAUGAUGGUUCUGACAAAAAAUCAAGGGGAAAAAGGAAAAAAUCUUCCAAAGACACGAGGAAGAGAAGAAGGAGAUACUCUACAUCUGAUAGCGAUAGUGAUAGCUACUCCUCAGAUUCUGAGUCAGAUUCAGAUUCUGAAUCGGAUUCAUCAGUUUCUGAUUCUAGUUACUCUAGUGAUGGGAAACACCAGAAGAGGAGAAGUAAGCGCAAGCAUGGGAAGAAGAGGAAAAUUGGACGAAAACAGAGAAAGAGAAGCCAGCACAGUAGAAGUAGAAGAGCAAGACGCAAGUCUAGGCGGAGUUCUGAGGAUUCAAGUGAUACAGAUAGUGCUAGUGGCAGCAGUUCUGGCGAUGAGAAAACUGAUCGUCAUGCCUCAGGUCGUAAAACACUUGCUGACAAUGAAGCCCGAAGAAAUCUAGUUGCUCAUGCUACAGACACAGGAAAACAAUCUUCUAGCCCUCCUCAGCAAAGGCAAACUAUUCCUGAACAAAAAAUGGAUCCCAAGGUUAGAAGAAUUGUGGACAAGCAAUCACAUGAAGAAGGUGAAUUGUCUCCAGAGAAUGGUGCAUUUGUGAAUAACAGGCAUGAUACUGAAGCUGAAUUUAGUAAACCUGCUAAGCAACAUGCUAAUUCAGAUGAUUUAAAUCACAAUAGAGGUGCAAGUCCUCGAAGAAGUCCUACCAGGGAUUCUAGGGAGCUAAACCAAGGACAUGCUUCAUUGUUGGCUAGUCCUGGCCAAAAAGUUUCUGAACCUGCUGCCCCCAAACAUGGUCAGGGCUUUUCAAAAAGCCCUUCACCAAAUGGCAUGCCUAAGCGUAUCAAAAAAGGACGUGGCUUUACUGAGCGUUAUGCCUUUGCACGCAGAUAUCGUACUCCUUCUCCAGAGCGGUCUCCUCGUACAUAUCGUUAUGGUGAUAGAAAUAUAAGAAGGAACUUUGAUAGAAACACAAGCUACAGAAGUUAUUCUGGGCGCUCUCCACCACGACGUUUUCGAAGCCCGCCAGGUGGCAGGAAUCGUCCAAGAUACCAAAGCAGAAGAAGUCGGAGUAGGAGCAACUCGCGCAGUCCUGUGCGUGGCCAUUUCAGCGACCGUGACCGCAGCCGGAGUCCAAGACGUAGUCCUAGUCCAGAAGACAGGCGUCCUCCCAUUAGUGACCAAUUAAAAUCCCGACUUGGUCCAAGAAGUGAUGAACGAUUGCCAGACAGGGGGAGGUCAAAGUCCAAAUCUAGGAGCAAUGGCUCUUCUUGCUCCAGAUCCCCAGAUGCUACACCACCAAAACGUUAUGAUAAAAGGACUUCCGUGUCUCGCAGCAGGUCUAGAUCGAGCUCUCCAUCUGGACAAAGGGGUUUAGUUUCUUAUGGAGAUGCUAGUCCUGAUUCUGGGUCAGGGUAAGGUAUUAUGCUCAGCAGAAGCUUAAAUUGCUAAUACAUUCUAUUACAAGUCUCAAUAGGAGUUAUUCCAUAGUCAAGUUCUAAUAUUAUCCUGAAUUCUGUCGGUUCAGUAUUGUGCAUUAGCUUAAAAAGGAGCAUUCUAUCAUGUUAGUUCAAGAAAUUUAUCGGAGCCAAAACUUGAAUGAUGCGUCGUAAAUUGGAUCUGGCGUUUGUAUUCAUAAGAAAUAUUUGUUAACAGUAAUUUUGUUCUUUGAAUUGCAUCAUUCCUUUUCAAAAUAAAGAAGAAAAAAAUAUCUUUUAA